AUGGUUGGAUCGGAGGCGUUGGAGGUGCCCCAAGUGACCGGUGGCAGCCGCGAUGAGAGCCUCGGCCCUCGCCUGAUGCCUCUUCUGCUGCCAAAAAUGAUCAACAAGUCCCGAGGGAAGAUACUCGGGGUGCUGGCGCUGUUCCUGGUGAUGGUUUGGUACUCGAUCUACCGCGAGGACGGGUACACGCAGCUCUUCUAUUUCCCCGUGCAAGACAACAAGACGACGUGUCCCCUGGGCGAGCUGGAGCGCAAAGCGGCACAGCUCAUCGGGAACUACACCAGGGAGCACCCCCUCUUCUUGCAGCUGAAGGACUACUUCUGGGUGCGGACGCCCUCGCUUUAUGAGCUGCCCUACGGCACCAAGGGAAGCGAAGACGUCCUCCUGCGCUUGCUGGCCAUCACCCACUACUCCCUGCCCGAGAGCAUCCAGAGCCUGAAGUGCCGGAGGUGCGCGGUGGUGGGCAACGGCCACCGGCUCCGCAACAGCUCCAUGGGGGAGACCAUCAACGCCUACGACGUGGUCAUCAGGUUGAACAACGCCCCCGUCCACGGGUACGAGCAGGACGUGGGCUCCAAGACCACCAUGCGCCUCUUCUACCCCGAAUCGGCCCACUUCAACCCCAGGACGGAGAACAACCCCGACACUCUGCUGGUGCUGGUGCCCUUCAAGCCCAUGGACUUCCAGUGGAUGGAGGCCAUCCUCAACGACAAGAAGAGGGUGCGGAAAGGCUUUUGGAAGCAGCCCCCGCUGAUCUGGGACGCCGACCCCGAGCAAGUGCGGGUCCUCAACCCUUACUACAUGGAAGUGACCGCUGCUAAGCUGCUGCACCUCCCCAUGAGGCAGCCGCGGAAAGUCAAGCAGAAGCCCACCACGGGGCUGCUGGCCAUCACCCUGGCGCUGCACUUCUGCGACCUGGUGCACAUCGCGGGCUUCGGCUACCCCGACUCGGCCAACAAGAAGCAAACCAUCCACUACUACGAGCAGAUCACACUCAAGUCCAUGGCCGCGUCGGAGCACAACGUCUCUCACGAGGCGGUGGCCAUCAAGCGGAUGCUGGAGCUGGGCCUCGUCAAGAACCUCACCCACUUCUGA